CGUUGGAGCAUGGCCGAGGAGGUGGUCAGUCUCGGUGAUAUAAAAGCCUCCCUUUCCCUGUGUUUACUCUCCCUCUCGACUUUGUCUACACCAUGGUCUUUGGCUUCGCCUCAGUGGGCAGCAUUUUUUGACCUGUGGAAACGUUCGGAGGCUUUUCCUUUCGUUAUACCGACACUCUUUUAUAUACCGGGACACCUCGUGACAGAAGUGCUUAUCCCUUAAUAACCCCCCACAUUCGCUACAAUGUCUUUUCUCGACUCGUUCAGGAGCAGGGUGCAGGGCGGCUCCAAGUCUGUCUACAAGACCAUCUGCAAGCUCACACAGGAGAAGACCAACGGAAAAUCCCGUCUUGGAACGUUCCUCGCGCCCCUCCUGCCAGUCUUCCUGAGCAACAACCCCCUCCCCCACGGCCGCCCCUGGGGAGACAAGACCAUCGUGGGCACCAACCCCUACCAUGGCUGCCCCACCACGGGCGUCAUCCGGUCCUACGACUUCACGCUGAGCCGUGCCACCAUCGCGCCCGACGGGUACGAGGUCCCCGCGCUCCUGGUCAACGGCGCCUUCCCGGGCCCGACCAUCGAGGCCAACUGGGGCGACACAAUCCAGGUCACGGUCCACAACAACAUCACGGGCCCCGAGGAGGGCACCGCCAUCCACUGGCACGGCCUCCUGCAGCGCGGCACCCCCUGGGAGGACGGCGUGCCCGGCGUCUCCCAGUGCGCCAUCGCCCCUCAAAAGUCGUACACCUACCAGUUCCGUGCCGACAUGUACGGCACCUCGUGGUACCACUCGCACUUCUCGGCCCAGUACUCUGGCGGCAUCUUUGGUCCCAUGGUCAUCUACGGCCCCGAGGGUCUCGGCUACGACGUUGAUCUCGGCCCGGUUAUGCUCACUGAUUGGUACCACAAGGGAUAUCUCCAGAUCAUCGAGGAGAUGCUCGCACCCAACGGCAGCCCCCGCGUCUUCUCGGACAACAACCUGAUCAACGGCAAGAACAACUUCGACUGCACCAAGAAGGCCGCGGGCGACAACACCAAGUGCACCUCCAACGCCGGCAUCUCCAAGUUCAAGUUCCAGACGGGCAAGACGCACCGCAUACGCCUCAUCAACUCGGGCGCCGACGGCGUGCAGCGCUUCUCCAUCGACCAGCACACCAUGACCGUCAUCGCCAACGACUUUGUGCCCAUCAAGCCCUACGACGCGAAGGUGGUGACUCUCGGCGUCGGCCAGCGCGUCGACGUCAUCGUCAAGGCCGACGCGGGCGCGUCCAAGAGCGCCUACUGGAUGCGCAGCAACCUGACCAGCUGCACGCUCGCGCGCCAGCCCCUCGCCGUGGCCGCCAUCUACUACGACGAGGACACGGGCGCGGACCCGACGAGCACGCCCUGGGACGUGGCCGACCCGGGCACGUGCGCCAACGACGACCUCGCCCUCACGGAGCCGCUCUUCCCCAUCCCGGCCUACAACCCCAGCUACGACCACACGUACAACGUCGAGCUCUUCCGCAACGCCUCCAACGUGACGCUGUGGAAGUUCGACGGCGUCAGCGCCCGCGUCAACAUGAACGCGCCCCCGCUCCUGCUCGCCAACCUGGGCAACACCAGCUUCCCGGCCGAGUGGAACGUGCACAACGUCGGCCGCAACACGUCGAUCCGCAUGGUCGUCGUCAACAAGACGCCCGCCUCGCACCCGAUGCACCUCCACGGCGCCAACUUCCAGGUUCUGGCCGAGGGCGUCGGCCAGUGGGACGGCACCACCGUCGUCAACGCGCAGAACCCCAUGCGCCGCGACGUGCAGCAGAUCCGCGGCGGCGGCUACCUGGUGCUGCAGUUCGAGUCGGACAACGCCGGCGCCUGGCCGUUCCACUGCCACAUCGCCUGGCACGCCUCGGGCGGCUUCUUCUCCACCUUCCUCGUCCAGCCCGACGAGAUCAAGGAGUUCCAGAUCCCGCUCAGCGUCGCCCAGACGUGCCGCGACUGGGCCGCCUACACCCAGACCAACGUGCCGCUGCAGAUCGACAGUGGCCUGUAAGUGAGGACAGUCAGAAACAGGUUCUUGGGUGUGGCGAUGGGGGACUCGGGUUGAGGGAGUUGGGGUCCACUUGAUGGCAUACCACCAGGAAGCGGCGGGGGAGUAUAAUAAUUACCAAUGGUUGUUGCUUUUUUUUUCAUGUAUAUCAGCAUAUAGAAACCAGCGGCAUUCAACCGAUUGUGAUUUCGUAC